UAACCCCAGUACGUUUGGAGUACCUAAGGAAAUUUCCUUGAAGGUUAAAUGGGAGAAAGCUUUAGGCUUUACAUUAAGAGACAAAUCUAGGAUAUGUCAAUACCAUUUUAAAAAUGAAGACAUAUUACACACAUGGGUAUCCAGAUCAAGGGACAAGGAGUCAUGUAAAACACUAAAAUCAUAG